GCGGUUAUAACUUGUUACUUGAAGUGUCUCAUUAGUCAUUACUGUAAAUGGCACACAACAAAUUGAAGUGAUAGUGACCAACUCAUAAAUGAUACAGACUAGUGCUAUGAUAUACUCUUAAAUAUCAGCAGUUGGAGAAGAGAAGUUUAUUUAAAAAAAAUUUAUAGUAAAAAUGGAUAAUACUGAAAGCAGCACUGCAGGGACACCAACUUCAUGGUGUCAUCCUGCACAUCGAGUUCACAGAUUUUUUGCGUUGUUACUUAUGUGUUUCCUUUGUUUUGGAUCUUACUUUUGCUAUGAUACUCCAGGAGCAUUAGCUGACAAUUUCAAGGGAGAUUCACAUUUAAAUACAUCUCAAUUUGCAUUGCUCUAUUCUAUCUAUUCAUGGCCUAAUGUGGUGUUAUGUUUCAUUGGUGGCUAUCUUAUUGAUAGGUAUUUUGGAGUAAGACUCGGAACAGUAAUAUAUAUGUCAAUAUUGUUUACUGGAGCUAUGUUGUUUGCACUUGGUGUCUAUAUUAACAAGUUUUGGCUUAUGAUUCUUGGCAGAUUUGUAUUUGGUAUAGGAGGAGAAUCACUUCAAGUAGCAGUGAAUAACUAUGUGGUACUUUGGUUCAAAGGAAAAGAAUUGAAUAUGGUGUUUGGACUACAACUGUCAUUCUCUAGAUUUGGCAGUACAGUUAACUUUUGGGUUAUGGAACCAAUCUACCAUUGGGUUGGAAAUUACUAUGGGGGUUAUGAGCGCUUGGGUGUUACAUUAUUCAUUGCUUCAAUGACAUGUUUGGGGUCACUUUUAUGUGGUCUCAUACUCGGAUUUAUGGAUCACAGAGCAGAAAAGAUAUUGGAGAGAAGUGAGCAGCAUUCCAAUGAGCCACCAUUCCGAAUGCUUGAUAUUCUUAAUUUUAAGACUGUGUAUUGGCUACUUACCAUAAUCUGUGUUGCAUAUUAUGUAGCAAUAUUUCCAUUUAUUGCUUUAGGAAAGUUGUUCUUUGAAAGAAAAUUCGAUUUCAAUCCACAAGAAGCGAACACAGUGAACUCUAUGGUAUAUUUGCUGUCUGCCGCAUUAAGUCCCUUCUUUGGUAUUCUAAUAGACAAAACUGGACGUAACGUGAUGUGGGUUAUUUUGAGUAUAAUAACCACGAUUGGUUCUCAUUUCCUGCUAGCUUUCACGUUUGUGAACCCCUAUGUUGGAGUGAUGGCACUAGGGGUUUCCUACUCUCUUUUAGCGAGUGGACUUUGGCCAUUGGUUGCGAUGAUUGUUCCUGAAUCUCAGUUGGGAACGGCGUAUGGGAUAUGCCAAGCAGUACAAAACUUGGGACUCGCUACAGUACUUAUUUUGGCUGGUGUUGUUGUUGAUAAAUUUGGAUACCUUAUGUUGGAGAUGUUCUUCCUGGGAUGUCUUUUCAUCGCAUUGAUCGCAGCCGUACUUAUUUACAUUGUGGACUCGGCCAAUUCUGGUGUACUUAAUUUAUCGCCGCAGGAAAGGGAGGCGUUGAAAACGGCCACAAUACAAACAGACGAAAGAGCGAAUCUCUUAGACCACGAGAGUUCAGACCCUGAUGAAGAAGCCAGACCUUCAGAAGAUGAGAGGGACAGUGUGUUGACACAAUCAGACAGAAUUCGAAGUCGAUACAUUUCGCAUAUAUUACCCAAUACUAAUAUUCCAGAUAGACCAUAGGUAGGCGAGUUUCAAGUUAAAUGACCAAAAAUGUAAAAUUUGUGUAUGUGACUGCUUAAUCCUAGGAAGCUCGGACGGACCCAAUCAAUAUGUUAUCUUAAGUAAGGCAGUCCUCAUAUUAUUUAGAUCUUUUAUUAUUAAGGGUACAAAAACGCCACGAAGCGGUCAUCGGCGCCUGCAAUCAAACACAUAUUUAAAAAGUCUGCUAAUUGAAAGAUUAGCUUAUGAGUUAACUAAAUAUCCCGAGAAAAGGCGUAGAACACGCACUUAAACUAUAGAAAUACAUUGUAAUUGAACUUGGCUGGAAUUAAAAGACAAGUUUCUUUGUUUUUGAAAAAAGAAUUCUAUGUUUAAUUGGCUUUGACAGUUCAUAGAUAUUUUGAAUCUGUAACAGAACAUGACAUGAAUUGACGGAUUGACAGACAUUAACGGCUUAGUUAUAAAACGUGGACU